CCGGCGCUCCGGAGCCGGGCGCGGCUGGCGGCGGCCCGAGGCGCGGCCGGGCGGGAUCAUGGCGGACGGCGUGGACCACAUCGACAUUUACGCCGAUGUGGGCGAGGAAUUCAACCAGGAAGCUGAAUAUGGUGGGCAUGAUCAGAUUGAUUUAUAUGAUGAUGUAAUUUCUCCAUCUGCGAAUAAUGGAGAUGCCCCAGAAGAUCGCGAUUACAUGGAUUCUCUUCCACCAUCUGUUGGGGAUGAUGUAGGUAAAGGAGCUGCACCAAAUGUUGUCUAUACAUAUACUGGAAAAAGAAUUGCCUUGUACAUUGGAAAUCUUACUUGGUGGACAACAGAUGAAGACUUAACUGAAGCAGUUCACUCGCUGGGGGUAAAUGAUAUUUUGGAGAUAAAAUUUUUUGAAAAUCGUGCUAAUGGCCAGUCUAAAGGAUUUGCCCUUGUGGGUGUGGGAUCAGAAGCAUCCUCCAAAAAGCUGAUGGAUUUAUUGCCUAAAAGAGAAUUGCAUGGGCAGAAUCCUGUUGUGACUCCAUGUAAUAAACAAUUUCUGAGUCAGUUUGAAAUGCAGUCAAGGAAAACCACACAGUCUGGCCAGAUGUCUGGGGAAGGUAAAGCUGGUCCUCCAGGAGGAAGCUCACGAGCAGCAUUUCCACCAAGUAACAGAGGGCGAGGUCGUUUUCCAGGUGCCAUUCCAGGUGGAGACAGAUUCCCUGGACCGGCAGGGCCAGGAGGGCCACCACCACCUUUCCCGGCUGGACAAACCCCCCCACGUCCACCUUUAGGUCCUCCUGGCCCGCCAGGCCCGCCAGGCCCUCCACCUCCUGGUCAGGUCCUCCCACCUCCAUUAGCUGGACCUCCUAAUCGUGGUGACCGUCCACCACCACCAGUUCUGUUUCCAGGACAGCCUUUUGGUCAGCCUCCACUUGGGCCACUUCCUCCAGGCCCUCCACCACCUGUUCCAGGCUACGGGCCACCACCAGGUCCGCCACCACCUCAGCAGGGUCCACCUCCACCUCCGGGUCCAUUUCCCCCUCGUCCACCUGGCCCUCUUGGGCCACCCCUGACUCUUGCUCCUCCUCCACAUCUCCCUGGGCCACCUCCAGGUGCUCCACCACCUGCACCACAUGUGAAUCCAGCUUUCUUCCCCCCACCUGCCAAUAGUGGAAUACCUACUUCAGACAGCCGUGGCCCACCUCCAACAGAUCCAUAUGGCCGACCUCCACCAUAUGACAGAGGUGACUAUGGGCCACCUGGAAGGCGUUUCACUGGAAAUAACAUGUCCAUAAGAGAAAAAUUACAUAUUCCAUUCUAUGGGAGGCACACGAAAAAUAAUACUCAAAACUCAGGGAGAGAAAUGGAUGCUGCAAGGACACCUCUAAGUGAAGCAGAAUUUGAAGAAAUCAUGAAUAGAAAUAGGGCAAUCUCAAGCAGUGCCAUUUCAAGAGCUGUAUCAGAUGCCAGUGCUGGGGACUAUGGAAGUGCUAUAGAGACCUUGGUAACUGCAAUUUCCUUAAUUAAACAGUCCAAAGUAUCUGCAGAUGAUCGCUGUAAAGUACUUAUUAGCUCUCUUCAGGACUGCCUUCAUGGAAUUGAGUCCAAGUCUUAUGGUUCUGGAUCCAGAAGACGUGAGCGAUCCAGAGAGAGGGACCACAGUAGGUCACGAGAAAAAAGCAGGCGCCACAAAUCGCGCAGCAGAGAUCGUCACGAUGACUAUUACCGGGAAAGAAGCCGCGAGAGAGAGAGACAUCGUGAUCGCGACAGAGAUCGCGACAGAGAGAGAGACAGGGAGAGAGAGUAUCGUCACCGUUAAAGAAGCACCUGACAUCAACACAGGUAAGUGACAACAGGUAACUGGUCGUGGGAGGGAGGGAGCGCUUGUGUGAGUAUCUUCCACAGUUUGCAUGUCGAUUCUAUAAUCUUAGGUGGUAUUAUUGUUUGCUGUUUUAGUAAAUGAGGUCACACCAAUUCAUCAAAAAGCAGUAAGCCAGACUGGUAAAGUCUGCUCUCUUUGGAAUCUUAGGGUAUAUGAAAUUCGUGGUUGUAAUGUAUGGUUGUAUUUCUUAAUUAUAUUUCAAAGUCCUAAGUUUCUAGUCUAAAAUCUUGUGUAAGGACUGCAGCAUUUACCCCUUCGUGUGUCAUGUGUGGACUGUUUCAAUUUAGAGAACACAUGUAUGUAGAGUUGCUGUCCUUGCAUGAGUAUGGCAGGAGUUUUGUUUGUUUGUUUGUUUGUUUUCCCCCUCCAGUGAGUUUUACUCAAAUUCAGGAAAUAUAGCCAGAUUUUGCUCUUUAUUUUAUGAAAUGUGAUGUGUUGGUAUCUUUUGCCUUCUAGCUAAAUUCUGGUGUUGUCUUAAAUAAGAUUUAUGAUAAGUUGUUCCCCACCACCUUGAUUUUUAUUCCCUCCCUCCUCCAAUAGUAAAGUCAUUUUCUGAAGAGUGGUAAACAAAUAUGAUACAAGGAUUGUUUCUUUUCUGGUUGUUUACAGACUAAUGUGUUGUUUUAUUUCAUUAAAUCCGCAGUUUUGCAUGCAUCAAAUGUCUAGAUAGUUACGUAGUAGCGUGAAAUAAUCAUUUUUUUCAGUGUACUGCUGAGAGCUUUAAAAUACAUAGAAAUGUUCAUCACAUUAUAGAACGUACCAUUUUGUGGAUUGAGAAUUCGAGCUAUCCAUGAUUCUUUUUAUCUGACAGUUGGAAAAAAACCCUACCUAUUGGUUUCUUUGCAGCGGUCUUCUCCCUUUUUAGAACUUCCCACUGUAUCUAUACUAAAAUUGAAGCUUGCAGACUUACCUGUCUGCCCAACUUCCAUUUCUUAUAUUUACCCUCAGAUUUAGUUCCCAUAUUUGCAUGUGAUAUUUACUCAUGGAAGUUCAUUUACAGAAGUUAAAUAGAAGAAAACAUUUAUGAAAUCAUAUCCAAUGUAAUACACUCCUAAAUGAAAAAAUAAUUUUGUAUUUGUUACAUACCAGUUUUUAGUCAAGCUUUUGCAUCACUCAAGGAGAGAACAAAUUCUCAUAUUAGGUACUCUAGUCUGUUGAGUAUUAAGCAGGAGACACACAAAGGAAUAACAGACAUAAUAAAGGGGCGUCAGAGGCUUAAAUAGGAAGGUGAAAUGUGGCAGCUGAAAUAAAGUUGGCAGUAUAUAUCUGUUAAUGCCACUUUUUGUAAUAAAAAAUGAAUUGGUAGAAAUAUUUCUGGAAUUGCAUAAAAAUAGCAACUGUGGUUCUUAAGUGUAAAAUAUCAGAACAUAAAAACACAGACUUUACAGAAGUGUAAAUGUAGUUCUUUUGUUGAACUGGAUUUUUACCUUUUAUGAUAAUGGAUAUUUGUGAUAUAUGCCCAUAGUUGUUAUUAAUAGAAGGUAACCACUGAGCUGAGUGAUGGUUGCAUUUCCAGAGUGUUUUCCUUCUGUGGUGGGGAUGAACAAGCCAUACUAAAAAUUCUUAAUAAACUGGAAUAUUAUUUUUUUUACCUUUGGCUUACUUUAUUCAUCUGACUUUCAUUUUUGUGUAUUUAGUGUUGCGCAUGUAGAUGCGGAGUUUCUGUGCUAAGUACGGGUUCCCUACCCUGUCACCCUGAGAAAACAUCAAAUAGCAUUAGGUUGCAUUUUAUAAUUUCAAAAACACAAUUUUAAAUUGAGACUGUGAUUUCAGUGUUCAGUUCAGGUGGGAUUUUAUAUAUGCAACAUCCUUCAACUUCAUUGUGUGCUGGGACCUCUCUUUCAGAAGGGUUGCGUAGGUAAGAUUCCCUUGUGUAAAGAAGAAAAAAGGUCCUAAGAGCUUGAUUUAAAGGGCAAAGUUAGAAUCCUACAUGUAAAUUAUAGCAUUUGGUACAUUUUAAAGUUAAGUUGUAAACAUUUUGUCUUGUUGCUGUCUUAAUGAAGAAGGGCUUUAUUGUAGUUUCAUUUUUAUAUAUUUAUAUAGACAUAUAUAAAAGAAAUACAGUUAUCUCCUGAUUUGUAUGUUUCAUUUUCACUAAGAUGUAUGUUGCCAUACAUUUUUUCGUUUUGUUCUUUACAUUGAUUGAUAUUCAUAAAUGGAUUUAACAGUCUCAGUCAUUUAAUAAAUAUCAGCAAAAGAGUUACUCCCCUUAUUGCUGUGCUUAGCCAGAUAACAUGAAGUUGCCUCUGUGCCUGCACCCUAGGAACGGCACCUGUGCUGCUUCUUAUUGUGUACCUAUAGUCAUAACAGUGAUACUGUACUGGCAUUUUUUUUUAAGUGUUACACAUCUAGUUUAGAAGGAUUUUAAAGGUCCACUGUGAUCAUUUUUGUAUACAGUGAAAUUCAGUUUGUACUGUAUUACGUUUAUAGAGAUGGGUUAAAUUGGAAUAACUAACUACAUGUGUUUCUGAUUAUAAAUAUAUUUUUAAAAGUUUAGUUGUACCAUAGCAGGUACUUACACUUCUGUUUGUACGCUUCAUGAUUUAUAAUUAAAUUCUUGCAAGAUUUUUGUGCCUUCCUUGAGUAAGGUUUCAUGUACGUUGAUAAUAAAUAAUUGCCUUUGCUUAUAAAAACCUGUAAAUUUAAAAGAGAAACUGGAUUUAAGAUAAACGUCUAACCUGUAUUUUAGUUAAGAAAACUAAGAAUCCAGUAGAACUAUACUUAGAAGGAUUAAAAACAAAAUUAAUGUGUACAAACAGAAUAGUAAUAGAAUUUCAUCAGCAUGAGUCCUGACUAUUUCAGGCAGAUUUUUUUUUUCAAUUUAACUGAUAAUCAAUGAUGUACUUCUAGCUGAUACAUUGUCCCAAUCUUAAUCUGUCUGAAUUUUUAUAACUGCGAAUGUUAAAUUUUUCAUUUUAUGUUUUUGUUAUUGGAUUGAUUAUUUCCUAUUUAAACUGGAUUUGGACUGAAUUGCAAAGACAAAACCACAACAUUGUAACAGUUGAUAUGUAUGUAGACUUUGUACUCCAUAUUUCAUGUUUUUUCUGAUUUUUCUGCUCUCAAACCACUGUAAGCAAAAUAAUGCAAAGUCUGAGGCUCAUGCUUCUUUAAAAACUGGUGUCAGCUCUCUCUGAAAUAGUUUCAGCUUUGGAGUGAUCUAAGAACUCACAUGGUUGGAAUUUUUUUGUGUGUCAGUAAGAUGGGGAAAUGGUACUGAUAGUUUAAAUAAUAUUCAUUGUAUUUUUGCUUAUGUAAGUAGAAACUGUCCUGUAACAGUGUUAGCAACCACCUAAACAUCAAGUGAAGUAAUGAAAUUAACCUUCAAAGAACCUUAUAAAUUAAUAGGAACAUACCUAUUUUUAUAAGUUAUUUUAAUAAUAAGCUUCUGAUUAAUAAUGGAAUUUUAAAUGAAUCAUGUGGUAGCAUUUUUCAAGACCUGAGAAUAUAUACUCAUCUAGGAUUUUUUCACUUAAUCGUAGUAUUAAACUAUUUUCAAAGUUACUUACCUAAUUUCUCUUUUAAAAAUAGUAUUUUUGAGAAUGCACAUAAGCAGUGCUGACACUAUUCUACUGCAUCUGGUGUUCAUCAGAGAAAUAAUACUUUGUGCACCUGAUUGAGUAUUUGAAGUCCACUGUAGUGGGAAAGGGGCAAGCAGUGCCACUGUUUUUUGUGCUUGUAAAGUCUUAUUUUGUGGCUUCUCUGGUGGGUUCUUGAGGGUGAUGAUUCUAAAAACUAACUGAAAAUCUUAGGCUGUUGUUUGUUUUCAAAUUUCUAAGUGCAUAACAUUUAAUAAUUUUUUCCAUGAACAUGUUGCUAUAAUCAUGUUGUCUUCUGAGAUAUCUUUUAGACAUGCUUAUAUUUGUGUUCCUCUCAUCCUGUAUUUCUUUUUGCUUGUGAAAUUAGUAGUUUUGACAAAAUUGAGCUGUGUGAAAGUUCUGCAAUAAUCUUAAGGGCUUUUUAGCAUUUGGAACAUAAGAAUUUACUUGCAAGUGAAAAUGUUGGUUUGAUGUAGUGUUUUCCAAAGAAUGAACAAAGCCAUUUUUUUUUCUUUUGCUCAUUGUGGUUUGAGAACUAAGAAUUAUUUUUUAUAUAAAAAAAGAGGUAUCUUCAUUUUUAUGUUUUCCUGUGGCACCCUGAUCUACCUUUUUGUGUCUUCCUCAUAUAUGUGAAAGAUAUUUGCCAAUAAUUCAUGUCUUUUUAAUAUGUAAACUAAACACUGAGUUUUCUAAAUACACACCUUUCUGUUCAUCAGUUGUUUUUGGUGAAUAGACAGGGUGGGGUGUAGUAGGAGAAAGACACGAUGAAUUAAACUAGUCUGGGGGCAUUCCUUUUCUUGCUGUGUACAAUUACUUAUAAAAUCAGGAAAUUGUUCUGGUGCUGAUCUUAAAUUAUGCAGUAAGAUUGAAAAAAGAUACCAGGUAAGUACACUAUUGCUAGGGAGGAAAAAAAGCAACAAAUAGAAGAAAGGUGCUAAAAUAGUCUGUUUAUACAUGUAUGAUGAGCAGAGUCACGUAUGUAUCUCAACUUACGUGCAGAAGGAUGAAUAUAGAGUCAAGCUUGAAAUUCCUUCUUGCUCAUCGGGUUGUAGCUAAAGCAUGACAGUGUUUGGAGGUUUUUGAUGUUCAUGGAAUGUAGGUUAAGUGAAAACAAAUUUCAGCUUUAAAGCUGAUGCUUCUUGUGGAAUUUUUGCCUUGUGUCUCUUUUCUUUAUGUAUAGAAAAAAAUGAAGGAGAAUUACAUGAAGUAAUUCUUAGGAGCUAUUAGGAUAUAAUGACAAAUGUGAAUCGUGCAUUUUACUGAAAUGUGAACGUGUUUGGGAGAUUGAAAUUCAAUCUCUGGAAAUACUAGAAAUUGCACUACUACAGAAAUCUUGAUGGGUGUAUGCACAUGCAGCUUUAAACUACUGUAGAAUUUUCAUACUUCUAAAAGCUGUUUAAAGUUUUCAUGUGGUUAUUUUUGAUAAUUGGAAUUAAAGGGAAAAAAUUAGAGUUGCUACUACAAGAUGCUUUAUAUAUGUAAGAAAUCUAUUGGGUUUUGUUGCAAGAGUCUGUCUUUGUGGAGAAAAAAAAAGCUCAAGUUGCAUCUUGCCUAAGUAUAAAAAUGUUUGGUCAUUUAAGUUCUGGGACUUCAUUUGUGAAAUGUUCUGGCAUAAACCCCUAACUUUUAAACAACAAAAUAACUAUUUUACAGAUAAAUCUGAAAUUUGGGGUUUAUUAGUGGAAAUCCUGAGAAACUGGUUGCUGUAUGGUGUUAAAUUGUACAAAUCUAACACAUGCUUCGGAUGGAUAGCUAUUUGAGCUUGAGGCAGAUGGAAAAUGGCAUUGCCAAGAAGUACUGACUAGAGAUUUAAUAUUUUUUAUUUUUGAAAGUUGUUUCUUACUUCAAUAUUCUACUUGAUUGUAGAAUACUGAAAAGGGCUGAGUAUGAAGGUAUUAUCCAUGCAGAUUUAUUUCUUCCUUUUGGAAUCACAAAGGUUUCUGGUUUUGCCAAGACACAGUGGCAGAAUACUUGGAACUAAAAAGUACACCAUUUUGGAUCUUAGUUGGUUAUGUUUUUAAAAAUGAAGGUUCAGUGUGGUGCUGACCAUCUUAAGAGGCCUAUAAUGAAAAGUAUUAAUCAUUGAGUCCAGUUUAUCAUGCAUUCUUUAAAGUUCCUGUAGUUUCAUAAGUACCCUUACAAAUCCAGCAAAUUAGUCCCAGGAACUGAAGCUUUCUUAUGCUAGUAUUAUAUAUAAAUCAUAUAUAUGGUGCUUUGGAUCUGUUAACUGUCGUCAUAGAAGUGAUAAAGAUCCAUAAUUCUUGCUGCAGCAAUUGUAUGAUGAGAGCAGCAAAUUCUGACACGCAGUCUCACAGCUGUCAUAUACUUUCUCCACUAAAAAACCUGGUAUUCUCACCUGUCUAUUUGUGUUAACUUAGCUUGCAAUUCCGAACAGGUCUUGUGGAGCCAGCACUUUGUCACUUUGCUAGUAAUUAAUUUUAAAAGCACGUAACACCUAUGGAAAUUUUGUCUCCGGGGAAGGAACUUCCCCAAAAGUAGUUACUGCUUGAUACGUUCAUGAUUUGGGAACAAAGUCUGCAAAUCAAAGACAUUCCAGUCUCUGCUUUGGCUUUGGAUUAGGUUAUGUACAUACUGUAGUGUAUAGAACCUACUUUGUUAUAUGCUUUUUUUUAAAGUUGUUAACAGUCACUUUGAGGAAAGGAAGAAGAAAUGUGUCAAUUUUUCAUGCAAAAAUGGAGUACUUUUGUUUUCCCAACUGCUUUGAAAUUAUUAUACUAGUAAAAGAAUAUUUGACAGCUGUGUACUGGUGCAUGUUCAUGAAAUUGCUCCUCUAAAUAUCUUGGUUUUCAAUUGAACAGUUUAAUGUGUUGGGUUUUUGAGUGAUUUGAUUUAAACUAUUUUGAAAAUAUUGAAUGCUGAAAUUGUGAAUUAAUAACAAAAUGAAGAUAGCUAAUUGCUUUGUAAUGGAAUUCAACUGAAAUCUAGUGUAUGAAAUUAUACCGUCCCAAGUAUUUUGUGAACUUUUAACGUAAUUAAUUCUGAAUAAUAGUGUGGUUUCUUAAUUUGCCAAAAUAGAUAAAGGUAGGAAGUAGGGCUUGGGGUUUUUUCUAAGGCAAGUAGGUGAGGAAACCUGCAAAUCUAUGUUGUAUUACUUGCAAAGUGGGUUCUUGUGAUUUAGAUGUGAAGUUCAUCCUGCUUGCCACUAGCCUGAAAUUUUUAAUGACUAGAAUCAGAUUCUGUGCACUUCUUAAUGUUACUGAGCUCUGAGCCAUCCACUUCAUCAGACAAUGAGUGCAUUACAUAAAUGUCAAACCAGCUUAGAAUUCUGUAAGUGGGCAGGUAAAAAUGUAAAAAUUGUGGCAAAAUUACCUUAAAUCCAUCAGUCACAGGAACAGUAGCUAUUUCUUCCUUUAUCAUUUGAUACUUCAACUGUGAAAUUCGUAUUCUCCUAACUUCAUUGUACAACAACAUUAAUGUUAUUUUUUAAAUGAUUGUAUUAGAAAACAGCUUCGUGCAUAAACAAGUAGCUACUGCUUCUGGGUAUUUUGUGUUAGUUUACAUUAUGGUGAAUUAGAUGCACGACUUGUGUAUGUAUAGAUAAGCCAACAAUUUUCUGUGUGUUAUGGGGAGUAGCAAAAUCUACAUCACAAAUUUUGACACAUUACAGCUGAAGGAAGAGGAACAGCGUGCAAGACAAGAUACAUUCUUCAAGGAAAGAUGCUUGUCCAGCAGUUUGCUUCAUGUGAUUGAACUGAGCCUGUAAGGAUUCAUGGAUAAAAUGAACAGGAAUAGAUCUGAAUAAAGCAAAUCUGCAUACAUGGUAACCAGUAGCUCUUUUACUUUUUUAUGUUGCUUAACUGUUUUAUUUGAGGGAAACCUGUGUGAUUUAAACCUUAUAGCUUUUGCAACUUUAUUACUGGUUAUAUAAAUUUGGCAAUUAUAAUGUGCAAGCAAUUGGAAAAAGUCAAGUAAAUGCUUGUUUUUAUAGUAGUUUGUUCAUGUUAAACUGUUCAUAUGAUAAUGUCUGUACACAGCACCACUGAUUAAGUAGAUGUAGUGUUGUAAUAAACUGUUUAAUGGGGCUGAUGUGUAAAGCUGUUCAAGUUAUUUGAUGUUUACACCUCAGGGAAAGUCUUGUGUUCAGCAAUAUUUAAAGAUAAUGUUACAAUGAAAAAAUUGAUGCUGUCUUGAAAAACAUCGCAAUAGUUCUUGCCUACGCCUCAACCUAAUCUUGCAUUCAGUGAGUUAAACAUACUAAUGUUGCUCUUACACAUUCAAUCUUGGUAUGAAAAUAGAUGGUUACAUAAAACCUUUAAUGCUGUUUUGCUUUCUAGCAGUGUUUGCCUAGGUGGCUUGUGAAUUUGCUAAUUGACAUAUAAAACUGUAAAAACUGCAGCCCUUUGUGGUCUAUUGUUUUGAGGAGAGCUGGUCCCACGUCUGUUGUUAUAAUACACUGAAAAUUUACUCUCGUGCAGCUUGAUCCUGAUUGACACUACAGUUAAUAUAAACUUCAAUGUUCCUAUGAACUUCAAGUGUCCAUAAUAAAGGGUGGAAAGGUUAGAUUGAAAAAAACUCACCACAACAAAACCCUGCAGUUGUUUACAGUUUUAUAGUAAUAAUGCUUGUGUGUGUUCCCUCUCCAGCCCCAAGGCCGUAGCAGACUGUACAUAGUUGUAUAUUAGAAAUGUGCCAGAAGAAACUAGAUGUUUCCAUUUUUCAAACUUGAUGAGUUUGGUAUUUUCUUAAUACUUUGGGGUUUAUUCACACAUGCAUAUAGAAGAGAAGGUACACUUUUAUGUCCUUGUUCAGUGAUGGGCAAUAUUUAAAUGUUUUAGCAAAUGACGCUGAUUAAAUCUGUCAGAUGAGGUUUUGUAAAUUUACCUAAAAACAAAUUAUUUGAGCUCGCAGUGAAAGUUGCCUUCAAAUUUAAUUUCACUAAAUGUGAAAUCCAAGUGAAUAGAAAGUUCAUAUAAGUUACGAAAACUUAGUUUCUGGCAGCCUUGCACAAAGGCUUGCUAUUAGUCUAUUGUAAAUCUUAUGGAAGGGAUUAAUUCUUGGUGUUUUCACUUACUCAGUAGCUACAUUUAAUGUUUUAAGUUAAGUUUCAAGACCUCAGAUGGCUUUAAGAGGCAACUCUUAGACAGCUCUUAAUUUCUUUUUUUUACCAAUUUUUGAAGGUUUAACAGCCAAACUAAAAUGCUACCCUGUUCAGGAAAGCACUUAAAUCCAUUGGGUUUUCCAGAGCAUUUAGAGCAUGUGCUUAAAUUCCAUGGGUUUCAAGGAAUGUAAACACAUGCUUUCAGUACCUUAUUUGCAUACGUGAGUGAUUUUUAUGCUUUGCUGAGUUGGGACCAGUAGCCUGUGCAACUGCAAAAGUUUGCACAAGUCUGAAAUACUCUAAUAUUUUUGUCACUUACAACUCCGCCAGGUUUCCUGCAGCCAGAUUGAUGCUGUUGGACUUGGCUACAGCUUGAGACUCUUCCCUAUUUUUUUCCUUAAAUUGUGUACCUCAGUUCCUCAUGCAUGGGAUCACUGGUGUUUAUUGAACUAUUUGCUACUGAGAAGCUAUUUGACAUGUUUGUUUAAACCUGUUUGAAACUGAAAACUGCCUUUUAAAAUUUUGUAAAACUGAAAGUUGUAUCAAACAAGUCCUCACUCAUUUCCUGCUUUUUGUGAAUAGGUGUUGGUUACAAACAGUACUGUUGUAUUUUUUUUUUUCUUACUUAAAAACAUUGUUUACUGCUGUGUAUAGUAGUUUAAGGAAGAAAUAACCUGCCUGUAGCUGUUACAUGGGGAAUAGCUAAUACUGGAGAGGCAGCAGGUAAGUAACGUUCCAUUGCAUAGAUAUAUUACAUCUUAAAAAAAAGUACAUUUACAAGCAUCUUAUGCAGGAACUGGUAUUUUACUCCACAUUAAAAUGGAUUUAAGGAGACUGUUGCUCUUUUUACACGGUGUAACUUUACUCACAUACAGAUUUCCAUUGCUGGCAAUGGAAAUAGCAGGGGUAAUAAAAAACUUAGCAAUCAUUGUGACUUGAGAGAUGAAGUCCCCAUAUGAAGCCCCUUAUUUCUGCUUGUUCUCUGAAUACUCAGUUUUAGCUGGUAAAUGUAAUGUGUUGCAAUUUAGAUAAUACUCUCUUGUUACUGUGAGUUUCAUUUGUUGUAUUUUUUAAAUGAAAAAAAACCAGAAAAAAUCCAAAGACCCUGAUAGACACCAAAAAGGAAUACGCCUAAUGCACAUCAUGUAUAACUGGAUCUGUAGUGGAAUCUUUACUAGGUCUUGGUUUAAUAAACCUUAUUGGCAAUUUCCUGUGCAUGCUUGGGAAAUAGUAGUUUGGUAACUUACUGACCGGUGAUGAUGCCAUGAUGGCUACUGCUGUGCUCUUUGAUAUUCAUCCAAUUGUAUUUAAUCUUGCGGAUGAAAGGACAAAUAGCCUGUGAAGAAAUACGUUAUUUCUUUCAAAUACUGAUUUUAUAAGUAAUAUUGAGAAGAAUAUUUUAAGUCUGUGUCCUUGAUCUUGAAAGACAAAAUUAACAAGUAGUGACUUAGGGGUGGUGGUGCUUUAGCAACAGACGUGUUUUCCUGAAGGUUUGUUUUUUAGAAGUAAAGGGUUUUGGUUAGUUUUCUUUUUUUUAAAGUAAAAUUUCUACUGGACUGUAUGUUUUGACAGGUCAAAAAUAUUUCAGAAGAAAAAACACAGCAUUUUGGAAACUGUACAGUCUUUCUUUUCCUCUUUCAUUUUUGCUUUCUGUGCCAAUAAUGUUAGUGUUCUGAUAACAUUUUGAAACACGUUUGUCAGAACUUGUUCAAAUCUUUAUUUACAAUGUGGCUUAUACACUUUGAUAGCUAUUGGUUUUGUGCUAAACAAGGUAUCUUAUAAAAUUUAGGCAUUAGCUUGAUUUUUUUUUUGUAUAAGGAGUGAGUGCUUUCUAGUUUUGUUCCUUUGAAAUUGGUGAGGCUUAGUUUUUCUAAUCGUAUUUUUUUAUCCAGUUGGUUAGUUGCAUACCCAAAUCCUUGUAAAUGUUUUCCUAGUUGUAUGUGGAUAACUGGAGAUUUAAAUGUUGUACAUACUUGUCAUCUGUGUUUCUAGUAAAAAUACAUUACAUUCUUUAUAGAAAUACUUAAUUCCUCAUUUCUUUUUCUUAUCCACUUGCUCUCUGUGUACAGGUUAAACAGGCUUUGAUCUUAUUUCUAUUUAUAGAAUUUUAUAUAUAGCCUCUUGAAGUUAUUGAUUUUCAUGUACACUGAGAUACAGCCUUAAAUUUCCUAAUAUAAUGCUCAUUAAGAUACUGCUAGUCAUGUAGAUGCAAAUGUAAAACAUGCAUGUUUUAGACUGGUACUCUUCAGAGAUCCAAGACACUAAAUUGCUUCUGCAUUGAAAUAUAAAUCCUUCAAGAUCUUAAAGAAAGAAGUGCAGGUCAGCGUGUAUGUACUUAAAGAAAGUUGGAUUAUUUCCAGAGCAAGUAUUUUGAUGUAGGAAAGAAGCAACAUGGAUUUGUUUAGGACUUAAUUUAUUUUGGUGAUUGACUGCACAGGUCUUUAAACAUAAUGGUUGCAGCAUGCUAAUUAGUUGUGAUGUUUAUCCAGAAAUGCCAUCUCUUGAAACUGUUCACUGCAAUGCCUUGCAAUUAAUAUUGCAGACAGGCUUGAGUGGGUGAGGGUGUUGAGGUGGCUUUUCACUCUUGUUGUUGUUCCCUUCCCCCUGAAAUUAAGAUCUGACAUGCUAUGUAUUUCUAGCUUUAUUGUCACUUUAGAGGAUGAAUUGCUAAGCAGCAAUUUGGAGCAUAGAAGUUCCUCAAUUUGAUGUUCUCAUGGGAUUAUUUUUUUUUUUGUUUCCCCCAUGUUGGACAAAAUAUGAUGAAGCAUCUCAUCCUAUUUGUGUAUUAUGCAGUUGUUAGUUCUUGAGUCCUUUUUAUAACCUCACUUACUGCAGUGGGUUCUAGGUUCUGGUAUGACCUAUGCCUGUGUUUAAAUCCUUUAAAGCUUCUUUGGGAGAACACUAGUUUUACCCAAGUCUUUUGAAAAUAGUAAACCCUAUACCUUUGAUCCAAAUGAAAUAGAGCAUUUAAGUUGUAAAAAUUCCCAUCUAUCCAUACAAUGUGAUGUGAUUUUUUUACAUGAUUCAGUGCUAACAUUUUGGAGUAUAUUCAAGUAAUAGACUUUAGCCUCACCCUCUUGUAUACUGUAUUUUGUAAUAGAAAAUAUUUUAAACUGUGCAUAUUAUUAUUACAUUAUGAACAGACAUUCCUUUGAUCUUCAGAUGUAAGAAAAUGAGGAAUGUGUGUGCUUUUAUAAAUACGAGUGAUUGCAAGUUCAGUUUCCUUACUGCUGCAGGUGUCCAUUUUUAAAAUAAAUAAAAAAGGGAGAGGAAAAAAAAAAGCAAGCCAGGUGUUUUAAAGGUGAAAUACAUUCCUGUUUGGUAACCUUAACCUUUUGAUGAUGAUUACCAGCACUGCUGACUUUCUAAACAAAAGGCUGUAUUGUCUUCCUGUACCAUUCCAUUUCCCAAUUCCCAUUUUGCACAAGGAUGUAUGAAUAUACUAUUCAAGAAAUGGUUUUGAAGUACAGGAGGGGGGCUUGUCUAAGUUGGAAUGCAUAAUUGCAAUGCAAAAUGUAAGGAAAUGGAUGCCUGUCAGAAUGUCUGACUCCAAAGGAUUUUAUAUAUAUAUAUAAUAGUAAGCAGUUUCCUGAUACCAGCAGGCCAGAGAGUCUGUUGAAUACUUGAGUUUCUGGAGACCUAUAUUUCUCAACAAGGUAAGAUGGAAUCCUAGCAAAUGUGGAUUUUAAUACGUUUUCAGCAGAGGUACUUAGUUAAUCUAUAAGUGUAGGGAUCAUUUCAUCUUUUUUAGAUGUUAUACUUGAAAUAUGACAUAACUCUUAGCUUUCAUGGGUUUCUCUUUUUUUCAGCCUUUAGGAGACUGUUAAGCAAUUUGCUGUCCAACUUUUGUGUUGGUCUUAAACUGCAAUAGUAGUUUACCUUGUAUUGAAGAAAUAAAGACCAUUUUUAUAUUAAAAA